AUGUCAGGGUUGCCUUCAGAUUUGGAAUCAUGUAAUAUUCCAUUGAUGAAUGAGACUAAAAUCACCAUGUUUAUAUUGCUGGGCUUCACAGAUAACACUGAGCUGAAGGUGUCCCUGUUUUUAUUAUUUCUAGCAAUCUAUCUCUUUACUCUGAUAGGAAAUUUGGGAUUGGUUGUAUUGGUCAUUGGGGAUUCCCGGCUCCACAAUCCCAUGUACUAUUUUCUGAGUGUGUUGUCAAUCUUGGAUGCUUGUUAUUCCUCAGUUGGCAUCCCCGAAAUGUUGGUCAAUUUCCUAGCAGUGAAUAAAGCCAUUUCAUUUCUUGGUUGUGCAAUACAGAUGUUUCUUUUUGUUACUUUUGGGACUACUGAAUGUUUUCUGUUGGCUGCAAUGGCUUAUGAUCGCUAUGUAGCAAUUUACAACCCACUGCUGUAUUCAGUUAACAUGUCACCCAGAGUCUUUGUGCCACUCAUCAUUGCUUCCUAUGUUGGUGGCAUUUUGCAUGCUACUAUACACACUGUAGCCACUUUUAGCCUAUCCUUCUGUGCAUCCAAUGAAAUUAGACAUGUCUUUUGUGACAUCCCUCCACUCCUUGCUAUUUCUUGUUCUGACACUCACAUCAACCAGCUUCUACUAUUCUACUUUGUGGGCUUUAUUGAGAUAAUUACUAUAAUGAUAGUUCUGAUCUCUUAUGGUUUUAUUCUGUUGGCUAUUCUGAGGAUGUGUUCUGCUGAAGGGAGGCAAAAAGUCUUUUCUACUUGUGGCUCUCACCUAACUGGAGUGUCAGUUUACCAUGGGACAAUCCUCUUCAUGUAUGUGAGGCCAAAUUCCAACUAUGCUUUGGACCAUGAUAUGAUAGUGUCUAUAUUUUAUACCAUUGUCAUUCCCAUGCUGAAUCCCAUCAUCUACGGCCUGAGGAACAAAGACGUUAAAGAGGCAAUGAAAAAAUUUCUUGAUGGAAACAGGUUCAUAAGUAAAGUACAUUUUCAGCAUUGA